UAAUUCAUCAUUUCAUUUGGCUGAAAAUCAUUACCGACAAACCAAACUAAUUUGACGAAAAUCAUAAACUAUUUUUCAACCCCUAAUGAUAAUGCUUCGCCUUUUUCGUUGUGCAAUAUGCUCCAUUUGACGAAUGUUGAUAUGAUCCAAUACUCUGUUCCAGAUGGUUGCGAUCCACGAGUGUAUCGAGUGUUGGAUGAUCACCGUCGAUCAGUCAACUAUGAGGUGUCCAAUUUUGAGAAUCCCCUCUGUGACGAUCUGUUACCCUAUGGAUGGUAUCGCUUUCUCUCCUAUGGCUUACCUCGAGAAAUGGCCACGGAAUGUCCAGCCGGAAAUGCCUGUGGCACUCAAGCACAAGUGUGGAUCAAUGUGGGAACCAAUGUGCUAAAUACGGGGAACAUCACUGUAGACGCUUGUGUCAGCUGGGGUUUCCACGAACAAGAUGUUGCACGCAAUGCCAAGGACAACCUAGCCGAUUGUUGUUUGUUUACAUUACCAGUCUCGAUCCAGAAUUGUAAUGGGUUCAAUGUGUAUUACUUGGGCCCAACGCAAGCUUGUUCCAUUGCGUAUUGCUCGGCUUCGGUACCGAUUGACCUGCAUCACAUCCAGUGGGGCAACAGGGUCAUCUGCCGAAGCAAGCCUUUUCAAACUGGUUUGUCCUUAGAUAAAACCAAAUUGGACCUAACCAACCACGGAGGCAUGCACGUGUUGGUCUUUGAACAACAUUUUCCACUGAUUUGCGGAACAACUUCAAAUCUAACGCAAUGUCAUUUAGAAAUUAAUGUUCAGGAAAAGAGCGAAGACAAUAUGAAUGUUAUCAAGUUCCAAAGUUGCACAAUCGCCAUCAAAGAUGCCGACGUUUGCUCCAUAAUUGGCGAGCGCAACCACUGCAAUCGCGUAUCCAUUCAGUUCCAAGUAUCAGACUCCCUGGACUUUUGGUCCAAAAAGAUUCUUCGAGGAGCCCUUCACAUUCAGGCCCGUUCCACUUUAAAUGGAUCCAAAGUCGAGACCUUUAACGUUCCAUAUAAGAUUCACAUCACACCUGGACAGGCUUGCCAUCUGUUCACUUUGGGCCAUUUGGUCACUUUAGAUCAGAAACUAAUCGCCAUAAAAGAGCUAUCGGCCGAAUUGGAACGCUUAGACUCGAGAACUAUUGGAAUCAAGAAGGUUUCCAUAAGACAGUUCCAAGAAUUGGUGAGCAUCGAACUGAGAUUUGGCACGUUGUCUGUCUCAGGAAUGAAAUACUCAUUAAAGCACCUCAUGGUUAAGCAAGCUCACCACAAGCAUUCCUUGUGGGUGCUAUCCUCAAGUCAAAGGAUCAUCCGGAUUAAUUGGGGCCAUGGUCUUUUAUCCAUCUCCUUGAUGGGUUUAGCUGGAGAUUUCUCUUCAUCUGAUGGCUUGUGCCAGAUCGAAUUCUCAUCUGACAGCUUGGAAUUUCGUGUUCCCAAUUUCUCUAGUUUAUCGCGCUUGAACACUCCAGAGCAAAAUCAAGUAGUCACUUGUGCUGAUCAAGUGGAUAAGCCUCAAAAUCUGUCAGAUCUGACCUUUAUGCGCUUGGAACAACCAGGCGAGCAAAUUUUUGUUCCACAGGAUGAUUACUCUAAAGCUUUUGUUCCGGACAAUCAAGACGAGAUUCGAGAUUUAUGCACAAAUACAAUUGUCAAUUCAUCGCUGGCAAAAGCUUGCGGGCCUUUUUUCACUGAAGACAUAAUGAUUCCCAUUAAAAUUUGUAUCUCAGAUAUGAAUGUCACCAAAUCGCAACGCUUCAUAAAAGCCACCCUUCCACUGAUUGAGAACCAAUGUGAGUUAUCUUUAGCCUUGGCAUCAAAGCUGAUGAUCCCCCCGGAUUUAAGAGAUGCAUUUGCUUGUUCCCAUCCCUGCCUUCACAAAGAUUUUUGUCUUCCCACUAAUUGUGCUACGAAACCAGAAAUUGAGCAUCAAUAUUGUGACUUGCGUCAAAAGAUGUGUCCAAUAAACGAGAGUGUGGAACCAAGUGGAACACAAUGUACCUUGCGAUAUGGUUCCGCAAACAAAGCCGUGCCCUUUGAAAUGCCAGUAGUUGUUCGACAGAAUCGAUCGUAUUGCAAGAUAACCAAUUCAGUGGAAGAACGAUUCCCGUGCUUGGAUUGCUCUCCGACCAAAGGAUGUCAAUUGAACAAGAACAUUUGCAUUUUCCAAGAGAAGUGUUUUCCAAUUGGCUCAAAUCAUCCAGAAGAUCGAUGUUUGAUUUGCUCGGAUAAUGGCAAAUGGAUUACCAGAAACGCAUCAGAAGUGAAAAAACGAGAAUUUCACAUCCUGAAUGGAGAUCGAUGGUUCUACAGGGUUCGCGGAGAGGUCCAGAAGAUUGUGACAGCCCCAGAGUCUUUGAGCCUCGUAGAUGGGAACAUUUUGGAAUGGACAGCCCCUACUUCUGGCCCUAAUAGUUCUCAGGUUAUUAUCCUUGAAAUGAACCCCCGUUGUGGAGAGGUCAAUCUCCAGGAAUUCAUCAUCAGAACCGUUCGUUGUGAUUGUCAGCAUGGAGGCAAAUGUGUGUCCACUUCAACAGACUUUGAAUGUCUCUGCCCGAAAGGCUGGAAAGGUGUGGAAUGCCAUGAAAUACCAAACGGAUUCCUGUGCGAUUCUUGCCCUCCCGGAUUCACUGGAAAUGGGAUCAAAUGUACUGAAGUAGACCCAUGCUCCCCCAGCCCUUGUUUCCCGGGAGUGGAUUGCUUCAAAGACCAAUCCGGAGGCUUUUCUUGCGGUUCAUGUCCAUAUCGCAUGAGUGGAAACGGCAGGAUAUGUCAACCGUUUAGUCCGUGCGAUUCAGAUCCUUGUUAUCCUGGAGUGGCUUGCUUUCCCUUGGGAGAUAACUUUGUGUGUGCCAAUUGUCCUCCUCUCCUCACAGGGGAUGGUAUCAACUGUACCAAGAUACUCGAUGAUUCAAACCUGUGCCACUUUGAGGCCACCAAUCCGUGUUUUGAGAAGUCAAUGUGCUACCAAAGUGACGGCCAAGCUCUCUGUAAAGCAUGUCCAGAUGGUUACAAGGGUGAUGGGAUCCAUUGCCAAGCUGUUUCUUUCAACAAAUGUGAGGUGGAAAAUCCCUGCCACCCGGCCUCAACCUGCCUCUAUGUGAAUGGAAUCCUAACAUGUGGUCCUUGUCCAGACAACAUGACUGGCAACGGGAAAGUUUGCCAUUGGGUUGAUCCCUGUUACUCUCAGCCUUGUUUUGAGGGCGUUAAUUGUACUCCAGAUGCUAGACUCAGUCAGGGAUAUUUGUGUGGCCCAUGCCCAAUUGGAAUGACGGGAAACGGAACACAAUGCGAGACGAUUCGGGAUUAUUGUAACCCAAAUCCAUGUUUUGCCAAUCUGACAUGUUCUGUCAAGGCCAAAGGAUUUGAGUGUGGUCCAUGCCCGAUGGGAAUGAUAGGAAAUGGAUUAGUUUGUCAACACCAAAACCAAAACGAUCCUUGCUCACCCUCGCCAUGCUACCCAAAUGUCAAAUGUCUCAGUGAUGGUGAGAAUAACUUCACUUGCGGUAUGUGCCCCCCUGGGUUUGUUGGAAACGGGAUAAAUUGUACACCCGUUGAUCCUUGCCAUCCCAACCCUUGUUACCCAGGGGUAAAAUGCCGCAGUGUAGAGAACUCAAACCGCUCUCAUACCUGUGGUCCGUGUCCGUGGGGACUUUACGGAGAUGGCGAGGAGUGUAAAGACCCCCCGAACCAUUGCCAAUCUAACCCCUGUUAUCCAGGAGUGCAGUGCUUUAACUACCCGGACAAGUUCAAAUGCGGCAAUUGCCCUGCAAGUUUGACUGGGAACGGCAUCAAAUGCACUUCCAUAUUGGAUCCUUGCCAACCCAACCCUUGUUUCGAAGGUGUCGAUUGUGUUAGGGUCUGGGAAGGAAGACACGCCGUGUUUUCAUGUGGGCUUUGUCCUGACGGAAUGAUUGGAAACGGGAUUUUCUGCUACGUUACGGAUCCGUGCUCUCCCAACCCUUGUCAUCAUGGAUCACAAUGCAUUCCUAAGUUCGACCAACAAUCCUAUGAAUGUGGCCCAUGUCCAACCGGAUUGGUUGCUGAUGGUAAAUUGUGCCGUAAACCGUUCCAUCCGUGUGAAUCUAACCCGUGUUAUCCUGGGGUGGACUGUGGGGAGAAAAAUGGGACAUUCACUUGUGGAACUUGUCCCAAUGGAAUGAGUGGGGAUGGAAUCAAUUGCCAUGGUUUUUCAGUGAUUCCAUGUCCAGAAGGAACUAACUGUUUUAGCGGAGUUGACGAGUGUCUUUUGACUGAUGACGGCAAAGUGGUGUGUGGGUCAUGUCCGGUUGGUUUCAUUGGAGAUGGCUUAGCUUGUGAACCAAUUUGCGACCCAAAGUGUAAAAUUGGUUUUGAGUGCAUUGCACCUAAUAGGUGCUCAGCUUUGUGUAACCCACCAUGCGCAAACGGUGGAGAAUGUAUGGACGAUGGGACCUGCUUUUGUCCCACGGGAUUUUUUGGAGAUUGGUGCCAAUUUAGAGAGGUUGCGUCAAUUCAAAAGCGCAAGAAGUUACUCGAAUGCACCGAUAAGCAAUGUUUGAAGAGAUCCAUGAAGGAGGAUUGCAAUUUGAUGGGCUGCGCGAACGGAGGAACGUGCUUGUCGGUUUCGGGAACAUGUGCGUGUAAAAUUGGUUCUUAUGGUUCGCUAUGCCAAAAUAUCAAGGCCUUUGAAGGUCCAAUGGCAGUAAUCAAACGGCAAAAACCGUAUUGCAAGAGAAAAUGUCAAAAUGGCGGAGUGUGUAUAGAAAACAAUCGUUGUUCAUGCCCGACGGGGUAUAGAGGAAGAUUUUGCCAUAAACCAAAAUGCACUGGUGGUUGUCGCAAUGGAGGAAAAUGCAUCAAGCCCGAAUUGUGUGAAUGUGCCCAAGGAUUCAAUGGAAAAAACUGCAAGCAAGGUGUUUGUAAGCCUAAAUGCAAAAAUGGUGGCUUUUGCAAGAAAUCAGGAAAAUGCCGUUGCCAGCAUGGCUUUCGUGGAAGAUAUUGUCAGCUCACAAGAUUGAAUCAUGGCUAGUUGAAUGAAAAGAAUUCAAAUCCAAUCGGAAUUGAACCAAAGACAAUCACAACUGGGUAUCUCAAUGCAGUACGCGUUUCCUCCUGAAAGACAAAGUCAAAAACUCAUUUUCUUGAACUCAAAUAAACAACCAUUUUAUUUCUUGCUAACCAAUCA